AUGUGGAAGAAAGUGAAUACUCUUGGAGAGGGAGGCUUCGCCACAGUGUAUCUUGCUGUACAUAAAGUUACCAGUGAGGCUCGAGCUUUUAAGGUCAUCAAGACGUCACCAGAGAGCACAAGAAUGAUCCAGAAUGAACUCUGCAUCAACAGUCUACUGGACCACCCUAAUGUGGUCAAGUAUUAUGGCCAUGAGGAAAACAAUGGAAAAGAAGUGCUGAUGUUGGAGUACUGUGGCAAAGGGGAACUUUGGAACUGGAUCGGUGACAAUGGCAUUUCUGAACAGCAGGCUCAAAUUUACUUCCAACAGCUGAUCACUGGAGUUGAAUACCUGCACAGUAUGGACAUUGUGCACCGCGACAUUAAGCCGAGCAAUCUGCUCUUAGACAGUUUUGAUCGGCUUAAGAUUUCUGACUUUGGAUUGUCUGCGAUAUUCGUCAACAAAGGAGAAGAACUGUGGCUGGGCAGGGUAUGCGGGACUGGGCCAUACAUGGCACCAGAGGUAUUCUCCGGGAGGACAUAUAAAGCUCCACCAGUUGACAUCUGGUCAUGUGGUGUAGUCCUUGCUGCCAUGAUGAUCGGAGGGGAACCCUGGGAAAAAGCCAAGAAUGGGUAUUAUCAGUACCGCAAAUUUAAGAACUCCAGAGACCGGGGGUCAUCAUGGAAGAGUUUGCCCUCUCAACUUCUUGAUCUGCUUUAUAAAAUGUUAGAAGAGAAUCCUAAAACAAGAAUUUCCAUCCCAGAGAUAAAGAGACACCCCUGGUUCCUGGGCAAGAUGACCAAAGGACUUAAGAGACGCCAGUCAGAGGAAUCUGGAGAGACAUCAGGACAGGCAGAGGCAGUUCGCAGUAAACAACCUCACUGCGAUCCAAGACCUGAAGGAUCCCCAGCGAUCAGCAUCGCCAAGGAUCUUUAG